CAAAGUUUUGAGUCGGUGUUCUUGAAAGAGCCGAAGUUGGGUUAAAAACAAGGCUAUUAAAAGUAAUGGAGGAUGCUCUGUGGGCACACCUGAUAGGAGCCCUCUCUCGCAGAGGAACUAUGGUCGACCUGCGCUGCACGACUGCCCGACUCACGCACUGAAAUCUAGAUAAGAAAGAAGGUUUUGUUCCAAGGUCCGUGUAGUCAGUUAGUAAAAAUGCCAUCCACCUGUGUUGUGUGUAAGAACCGUUUAUGAUGUCGCAGUUCGUGAUUUAGACCAUAGUCGGCGGCCAAAUUUGCUCCUCACCUCGGCGUGCUGCUCGUGGCGCCGCGAAGAGAGAGAGAGAGGUGAGAGGAGGCUCCAUUAGUUCUAAGGUCCUUGGCUAAAACCAAGGGCCAAGGGUAGAGAUCUAAACUUCCGCUUCUGGGAGCUUCAUAUGAAGUUCAAAGAGGCUAACCAAUGAACCAACGAAAGGCAACAAUAGGCCUGCCAACCAAGCCUUCGUCUUCGUGGCUUCUUGUUCGUUUGAUGCCCAAGUCUAGAUUCUAGAAGCUAGAUUCUAGAAGCAAAGCGUGAAGGGCGUUGAUUUCAGCGAUACCACUGUCACUAGAUAUACUUGGCAAAAGUGAUGAGUAUGAGGAACAAACCAGGACUAUCAUUUGUCUUGGUCCUGGUAGUCUGUUUGGUCAUCUUGUAUUUUUCCUGGAAGUCAUUGCUGGCUCCAAAAAUUGCUCCCCAAUUCAAGAAUGUAGAUGGGGGACUUGGAUGGAAAGGUAUUUUCGAGGGUUUGAAGGACGAACACCCUUGGUUUAAGGAGAAACCUCAGGCUGAAAAUAGAGUGAUAGAUGUUCCCCCCCGUAAAACAAACAGGGUGCAGCCAUCCUCUCACGAUGUUCGGACGAAAGCGAAGAGCAUGAAAAACAGUCCUGCCUCAAAGUCUGCUGUUCAAAAACCAUCGGCCAAUGAUCCUCACUACCAGGCGAUUGAUAUAUCUAUUACAGAUAUUUUGAAGUCAAUGAACAGGUUUGUCCAUCUAGAUCUGAAAGGAGCAGCACCGAAGAUUUCUUAUUUCAAAGAACUUUUCCCCCUACUGAGCAAAAUGGGUGCUACUGGUCUAUUGAUUGAAUAUGAGGAUACUUUUCCGUACAGUGGAUCGUUGCAAGGUUUGGCUGCCAGAAAUUCUUACACGAAGGCAGAUAUUAUGCAGAUUCAGAGUCUUGCCAAGGACAAUGGACUUGAGAUUAUGCCACUGGUCCAGACCUUUGGCCACAUGGAGUUUGUCCUGAAAUAUGAAAACAAUGAAAAACUAAGGGAGAGUGCUCACACACCUCAAGUCAUCGACAGCAACUCUAAGGCAUCUUUGACCAUCAUAUCAGAAAUGAUCAAACAGGUCCUAGAUGCUCAUCCACGUGUGACCCGUCUGCACAUUGGUUGUGAUGAAGUUUAUGAACUGGGGAGAGGAGUCAGCGCUGAUGUUAUGGUCAAAGAGAAUGUAACAAAGGAACGAUUGUUUUUGCGUCAUGUGAAGCAUGUUGCCACUAUGGUUGGAAACUAUAGGACAGGUGGCAGGUCUGUUACUCCGAUCAUGUGGGAUGAUGAACUGCGUGGUAUCACAUUUGAAGAUAUUCGGGACUCCUCCCUUCCCAGCCUGGUUCAGAUAAUGGUGUGGCACUACACUCGUAACAUUCUGAAAAAAAUUGAUGAUGAUGUGUGGCAGAAAUACUCUCUGCUGUUCCCAAGAGUUUGGAUUGCUUCAUCAUUCAAAGGAGCUUCAGGAGCAAGGCAGUUUUAUACUAAUCCCAGCUUCCACAUUGCUAAUCAUUUUAGUUGGUUGAAGAUCAUCGCAAGGUAUAGAGAUAUGAUCCAGUUCUCAGGCAUUGCCUUGACCGGUUGGCAGAGAUAUGACCAUUUUGCCACUUUGUGUGAGCUUAUACCUGCUGCCGUGCCGAGUGUUGCUGUCUGUCUGGCCACCAUGAAAUAUGGGGGAUUCACUAAGGACAUUCACAGGUCCACCAGUGACAUCCUCAGGUGCAGCAGCUUACUGGAGAUGAGUGUCCCUGUUCUGGAUCCAAAAACACGAAAUGCCCAAGUAUCUCAGGACUGCAGGUUUCCUGGAAGUCCCAUUUACUAUGCCCUCCAAGAAUACUAUGGAUACUUUAAGAAAAGUGACAAAACAAAACAAAGGCUGAUAGGAUGGCUAUCAGACUACCAAGUAGCACAUGGCUUCUCAAAUCCAGGUCUUUUGAAGGGCCUGAAGGCGGACCUCACCAGUCAGACCUCCAACUUUUUGAAAAUAAGCACUCCCCUGAAAGAAGAGCUUAAAGCUAUUUACUCAGAGGAUACUGUGGAUGAAUGGCUAGAGGAAAACAUAUUUGAGCGGAUACGGGAAAAUAAAAAUAACAUUAUGAGGUUGGACAAAUUGCUGAAUACAACUUCCUGGAAAGCUCGGCCAUUUGACAGAAUUGAUGUAGAGAGGCAUUCAAAGAUGGUUGUGAAAACUGAUGAUGAAAUGAAAAGUAAAAGUGUGAAACGAAGCACAAGUCCAACAUACAGAGACAGGGAAGUCGUUCUUCCCAGUGGGGGGGUGGACGAUGGCAGAAAAAAGGGGAAGCAAUAUAACUCACCAGAAGUGAAAGCAGCGAAAAGGGUGGAGAAUCAAAUGUUUGCUCUACAAGGUAACAACAUGAGAUCAAAAUAUAUCUCUGGAUCAGAAAGGAGAACCCCUCCUAAGGAGAGUCCCCCUUUCCUUCCUAAGAACAGACUUGAAGCUCUCAUUGAGAAUCACGACACAAGGAAGAAACAGUUUGAUAUGAGAAUGGAUUCAAAUAACAGAGUGGAACAAGCUGAUGAGGGUAUUGUAAAUAAAAGAGUGGCUGCAGAAAAGAAGGUAGGUAAGAGGGUUUCUGACCCAAGGCCAAUAAUUGACAGGUCUAAGCAAGGACCCAAAAAAUCUCUUCAGUUUGUUCAAGUGUUGAAAGACACUAAUGCAAAAGGAAUUAACAAUAAGGAUUUUGAAGAUGAGAAAAUGAAUUCUUAUGAAAGCAGGCUCCUCAAAAUGAAACAUUAAAAUUGAAAACUGAUGGGCGCUUCUGUCCUUUGAAGAUUACCUUUUUAAAAAAAAACAUUCUGUUUGUUCAGAAACAUUUAAUUAUUAGGGUAAGAUAGGGUUGAAAAUGGUUGUAAAAGGUUGUAAAAAUAUUGCUUAUUUAACGUAUUUUGCGGAGCAAAUGGAGAUGCCGUCCCAAAACAAAAAGUUUCCUUAGCUGUCUUUCUUUUUCUUUUUUUGGUAUUUGCCUGCAAAGUAAAGCAAAUUGCAAAAUUAACUUUGUUUUUAUGAAAAACAGAUUUUUUUCUAAACUUGUAAGUGACAUUUGUUAAAGAGCAACAAAGACGAUUAACCUUUCUCGACAAAUUGCAGCAUAUCCUUUGCAGGCCUUGACUUCACUUGAGGCGGGCAAAAGUUUGAUGGCAGUUCUUCCCAUUCCAGAUAAUUCUACAUCAUAUCAUUAUUCUUUAAAGGGUUUAUUUUUACGGUUGAAUAUGGUCCCUCUUCAUUGAGUUCAAAGGAAAGAGAAGUUGUGUUAUUAUGGUUUAAUGUUUAAAAAAGUUAAGAAGUAGCUAUUUCGAGAAAAAUACAGACUAAGGGUAUUGUUGUGUUCGACUUACUGAUACAGUUCUACAAUAUCACACAACUUAUUGGUUUUGUUAUCAUUUAUAAUGGCAGUUUUAUGGGUACUGGUAUCCUUAAUGAUUUUCAAAUCAGACCUGAAAAUGCUUUUAGUUGUUAGAAAUCAAUUUUGUGCGAUACGGAUUUGUCUCCUCUCAGUAGAAAAGUCGAAGUGCAUAUAUGUAGCGCUAUGUUAAAAUUGAUUUCAUCAAUGUAAAGGAUGAAAAUCCAACGUAGAUUUCAUCAUACUAUAGUUAUCAGCUCUUUAAUCAAAGUCGCUCAAGAUUAUUCAGUAAAUAGGUGAAGAAUGGAAUUCUUCGUUUUUGUCAAAAUGGGAAAAAUGGAUACGUGAUAUUUUGUUGCGGAACUGUUCACGUAUAGUCUCAUUCUAAAUUUACUGGACAGAUUUACUUUUUAGGGGCCCAUUUUUCAUAGUCAUUGGUAACUCUAUUUGAGUCUGUCAUUCCACUUACUCCUAGUGCCUCCUUAUGUAUUUGAUAUUUUAAAAUUUUACACUAUCUGUCUGUUUGUGUUAAAAUUGUUAGUUAAAUUCAUUUGAUCCAUAAAGACUUGUGUUUACAUUUUGGUUUCAUGUGUUUGGAGUUCUCUGCAAAUGCAAUAUAAAUGCAGAAAGUACAUUUUAACAAAAUUUUGAGGGCUUGUUUUCUGGCCUAUUAUUGAGUGAAGCAAACGCGGUUUUUCUUUCCCUUUCUGAAAGCUCAUUGAUUUUUAUUUUGAACAAGAGUGCUGCUUUCAUAGUCUUAAAGCUAUUCAAAUAAUUUUUGUGUUUUUGUUGGCUUUCACCGGCUUUUUCAGGUUUCUGUGAUUGGUUUUAUUAAAAAUAAUAAAGUGAAUGAUUUGUUAAUGACAUUUUGUAAAAGCCAUACCACUGUUUGUGUAUAUUAUGUGCAACGCUGAUAGCUUGAUUCCUUUACAAUUUGAUGUGAUAAGUGACAUUUUCUAACUUGCUUGAUUCUUUUGAGAUGUUUUGCUGCAUUCCAUUUAUGAAAGCCAACAGAAUUUCAUUGUCCAUUUCCUGAUUUGUGUAAAGGAUUUACAAUUUUUAUUCUAUGAUAAUGUAAUGUCACCUCUUAAGUUAAAAACAAGGCUGUUUCUUCAAUUGGUUGUGUGAAACUGAUCAAAAUUCUUGUAACUGUGACAUAGUAAAACUUUUUGUUUCCCUGUCUUUUAUCAUCUGUCUGCUCAUACACAAACUUUUUAAAGCAAGUUUACUAUUGUAAAAAUAGCACAGUGUCAUAUCAUUAUAUUCUUUUUUAUAUAAUAUAAUUGUAUUCAAGUAUUAAGAUGAAUGACCUAAGGGCCUCAAACGUGUUGAUUAGACUUAUUAUAAUCCUGUUUAUGUAGCUUUUUUUUCAGGGCCUAAGCAAAACAACUUCUGAAACUGUUCAAUGUAGGAAGUGUAGACUAAUCAAAUAAGCUAGAGCCCAGUCUUGCCUUGUUUAAGCAUCAAUCUGAUUGUCCUAUGUCUUCAAUGUUGUCUGUGUAGGAUGGUUUAAUUAAGGCCCUCUUGUUAUUGUUUUUUUACUUGUCUGUUGCGGUUUGGUUUUUUUGCAAUUUUUUUUCCUCUUUAUUUUUUAUUCGUAGUUUAUUUUUGAGCUGACAAAAUAAAGAACAAUGUAUUUCUAAGAUAAUUAAAAAUUAAGAAAAACUAUAGUUUUUUUUGUGUUUUUUAAAUGACUAAUAUAAAAUACCAGAGGGCUUUUGCUUUUUUCUCAGAAAUAUUUAUUAUGAAUUGUGUCUAACUGUAAUUGCAAGAGUGCAGAGCCUAUUUACAUCACUGAUGCCUGUGGUGUAGGGAUUGGUUUCUACGCCUUGAAGGCAAUAGACUUAAAUUUGAUUCCCAUGUGAAUAAGUUCUUUUAUUAUCCAUGUCUGUCUUUGUGCUGGGAUACUGUAUCCCACUUAACAACCAUUUGAAGAAAGGACAGUACUUAUAGAGCUAUAAAACAGAUAAUUAAGGGUUUAAGUUGCUUCUUGGAAUUAUACCUGAGCUGUUAACAGUUAGGGGACAUUGCUUUAGAAAUUUGCUAUCAAUUUUUUAUGGUGAUGUUUUAAUUCUGAACAAGGGUAAAAAGCUUGUUUUGUUUGCUGGCUCUCUGUCUGUCUUUCUGUCAGUCGCAGGUAUGUCUGCAGAAAUAACACUUGGCUUCUCCUUUUUCAAGAACCAUCUGUGCUGGGUAAAAAACUUCUUAAUACUGUGAAUGAACAAUGGGCGAAGAACAAAUUGUGCUCGGAAUUCAAGAUGUGGCGGGUGUAGUGAUGAGAGUCCAUAAUUUCUUUAUCAAGUUAAUUUAGUCAUUUAGCUGAGUAGGAUAGAUUUCCACUUUUUUGUUAUUGUUUUAUCCUUACAAAUAUUUUGUAAUAAUAAACCUUUAAAGUUUAUUAAUGUAAAUAAAAGUGGGUUAUUCUAAUCGGGACUGAGCUGAAGUACUUAAAUAUAUGCAUAUGUUAUCAUUCGAGGACUUAUUUAACAUAAUAUUGUAGCAGUAUACUGUCAUAACUGGAAACUGAUACAAGUCUUAAAAUUCUAUGACUUCAUUUUUUAAGUAUUUUAACCAAUCACUUUUGACAUUCCUAACAACACAUAAAUCUACCUGGUAUGAACAGAAUUGGAUGGGAAAAAACAUUAAAUAGUUGAGCUUCCUGGUUAUAUAUAUAUGUGUUUUGCCUUAUUGUAGUUUUGAAUUUUGACCUUACAUUCUGCUUGAAAAGUUUUAGUAUUAUGUUGGUCCCACUUGGUCUCAAUAUUUUGAACAUUCAGCAGUUUUCUCAUUUGGGAAGUCCAAUCAAUUUAUUCUUAAUUUCACUUCUAUCCUUUUGUUUUUAACUACCUGUUCUUAUCAACCAUACAUUUAGGGAGGGAGAGAUUGUAAAUGGACAUCCUGUUCCUGAACUGUUGUUGUUAUUCGUUCUUUGAACUAAUGACAGUGAAUUUUGUGAAAAUGAAAGCUUGAUUCUUUAAAUUGGAAAACUUAACCAGAUUUUCUGUCAUUUGGUCUUGGAAAUAAUUCACUAUGGUGCAUGACAGCUACUGAGUUAUGGGUCAUUGGAUGUGUCUUAUCCCCAAGCUUAGACCUAAAUUUUCCCUUAUGCUGUAAUCAGGAAUUCAGACCUCUGCCCAUUUGAUCCUAUAAUUCUGUUGCUAUGAUGAUACCCCUGGUUUAAAUUGUAAUUUUAUACAGUUCUUGUCAUUUAUCAAAGAUGUGCCUGGGUGUGCUUUCAAUGGAAAAAAUAAGAUGCAACAUAAUCACUUACAGAUGAAUGAUGGGAAAAGACCUGGAUAAGUUUGUACAGAGCAAACAAGCAGAGAAAUGAAUGGCAGACCUUGAUCACUGAUGUCUGUUUCAGACCUGGCACUUGAAGAAGAAGACAAAUGCCUGGUGUAAACCGUUAAUUAAUGAAGUGCAUUCAUUUUUUAAAGGAGUUUUUGAACAUGGUGUAUACAUCCAGGAACUUCAAGUACCCAAAUUUGUCACCAAGACUGUGUACCAUCAGGUUUCGUUAUUUUAUAUUAAAGUGUCUGGAUGGCUGCAGGUUUUCUUGUAAAGGGCUGAACUGAUCCAUGACUAUGUUUGUACAGGGUAGGACCAUGUUUUAAACUGCCAAUAUAUGUCAUAUUAGGUAGAUGAUUUUGUUAUUGCAAUCAGUUAUAUUUUUUAUAUUGCACAUGCUCAAUCUUUUUGCUGAUUACUUUCUUGGUUUUGACUUUUCUUAUGCUUAAAAUACAUUUUGUACAUGUUGGUGGUCAGCUGUUUGUUCGCUGUCAGUUGCCCCUGCUGCAUAGAACUGUCAUUUGACCCUUUCCAGUGUUGUGGUGCUUGCCAACAAUAUUGAUGUAGCCAGGAAACCACUUUUCAAUGGUUCUGUAGAGAGCUUAACAUUUAAUGCUGCUAGUACUCCAGAAACUACCAAUGAUAUUUCAACAAACAUGUGAUGUGUCUUUGUGCCUAUUCAAUUUGCAGGUUUCUCAUCCCAGCUACGAGGCAAAUUUAUUUCUCUGCAUCAUAGAAUUGAGAAGUUGAAAUUAAAAUGCCAAAGAGUAAAAAAAAA